AUGCUGCUCAUCCUGUUGCUGCUCUCCAGCCUUGCCUCCUCAUCCGUCAGCGCAACUGAGAUCGAUGUGAAUGGCGUUGCAGUCGGCGCGUUCCAAGCCAGUGGCAGUCUGGACGACGCCGAAGCCUUCAUCCAGGCCGAAGCUCAAGUUAUCAAUACAUUGAUCGAACUCGAUAACCAGCUGGACAAUGCGUUGAAUGGAUUAUCCAGCUCCAGUGGGUCCCUGGAGAUCGACGUGGUGGUUGGUGAGUCGGACGGCACACAGAGCGGCUCGGGUAUGUGGAUCGACGACGAGAUCGUCGUGGUCAUCCCCGCUGGAUCUGGGCCCAAGCUUUCGGAGGCUGAGAAGGACGAGAUCAAGGGCGAGAUCGAGAGCGAAGUGGCUGAGGUGCUGGAUGGAAUGAUCGUGGACCAGGCAGUGCUCGCUCCGGACGUGGAGCAGCAGCCGGAGCCGGACGCUGCGCUGGUCGAGAAGGUCGCGAGGCUGUUCGAAGAGGAAGCGGAGGCUGAGGAGGAGCUGGAGCAGAUGAAGGAAGAGCUCAAGACGGCGCUGGAUACGCUGCCCAGCUCCGGCGGGUCAGUGGAGAUUGACAUUGUGGUAAGCGAGUCGGACGAUGAGAACCAGCAGGAUGUCGCUGACGAUCAGUUUAUCAUCUUCAUCCCAGCGUCGACUGGAACUGGUCCACGGCUUACGGAAGAUGAGAAGCAGGAACUGGAAGAUGAAAUUGUGGAAGAAGCGGCGGAUGCAUUGGGGGACAUCGUCAUGAGGGACUUUAUUGAAGACGUCACAUUGAAACUACCUGAAGACCCGCGUCUGGAAGAAAACUCUCCACAGGAAAAUGCACUGCAACAACGUGAGGAUGCACCUGCCGCGGAGGAGAAUAUUGCUCAAGCUGCGUGGGCGGAGGAAGCACCAGAACCCGAGCCGAAACCUGUGUUUCGCAGUGCAGGCGCAACAGCGAUCGCCCAGCCGGGCUUCGACCAUCCGAUGUUCGUGCCACACCAUUGGCAAACAACCGACGAGCAGCUCUGGACGAUGAAGCUCUCUAUGCUGACGUCGAUCUCGUGCGUGACGCUCCUGCUGAUCGUGGGUGUCUGGACUGGAGUUCGGCGCUCGCGUCGCCACGCAGUUCUCGACGACAACCACUUCCGCUGGGCCGAGAGGGUCGAGUACAUGGACGCCUUCCCGUACGAACCGUAG